AUGCCUCUUUUAACAAUGUCUGCAAACAUCCAGGAGCUGGACUCGUCACCCCGAAAGAGAAGCCACGACGACUUCGCCGAUUCUGCCUUCGACGAGUCACUUCCCUUCAAUUCCUCCAACUUGAAAGGGCAGGACCAGAGCCUCGGAGAGAAUUCCAGUAACCCCACAGACCAGACCCAGUCACAAAUGGCUCCUGGUGCCUCCGGCCAACCGCCCGCGAAGCGUAGGCGCGUGACGGCUGAAGAAAAGGCAAAGCUCGAGCGGGAAGCAGCAGCCAAGAAAAAGGAGAAAGGGGAGCUCAAGACUGCUAAGGAGAAAGCGGCGGCUCUUCAAAAAGAGGAGAAGGAGAAGAUGCGCGCGGAGAAGGCUGCUGAGAAGGCCAAGGCCGAGGCUGAGAAGAAAGCUCGUCAAGAGGAGCGCGAGAAGAAGAAACGCGAAAAGGAGGAGGAGGAGCGUCUCGAGAAGGAGAAGAAGGAGAAAGCCCAGCCCAAGAUUGCUGCGUUCUUCAAAUUCCAACCUACCACACCUAAGAAAGCCGGCACCGCAACUCCAGAAGCUGGGACACCUCGUGAUGGCAGUCCUUCACCUCUGCAGCAGAAGUCCGAGGAGGUGUCUGAUUAUCGCAAGCGAUUCAUGCCGUUCUUCGUCAAGGAGCACGUUCGGCUCGCAGACCAACCGUUUGCAAUGGAUGACAAGACAAAGGAGGUCAAAUCUGCUAUACUCGACGAAUAUCUACGAGGCGAUCGAGGCACUUUCGAUCCACGUCCUUUCAAUCCAGCAGGGUCUCUCCAGCUUCCGCCUCUCUCUUCCGCCCGUGGUCGGACUUACCCUAGUGUCCAGAAGAUCAUGUCUGAACAUCAGACCAGCUCGGGGCCAGUUGAUCUCACAACGGAAUCACAAAAUGCUCAGAUUAGGCAGACUCGCGAGCUGCUCAGACAGGUACCGAUGAAGUUCCUCGGCUUUAGAGAAGACGUGCGACCAGCGUACUAUGGAACGGUGACAUCACAUCCGUCGAGGAGCCUGCGAAAGCUCGCGAGAAGCCCCGUCUCACGCGGUCUGCUUCCUCUCAACUACGAUUACGAUUCUGAGGCGGAGUGGCAGGACGAUGGGGAAGGAGAGGACCUGGAUGAUCUUGACGAUGAAGAAGAGGAGCUUGACGACGAUGAGGAGAUGGGUGACUUCCUCGAUGAUUCAGAAGAUGCCGGCCGCGCCAGAGCAGCGUUCUCGGGCUUUAUGGAACCUGACAGUACUGGCCUCUGCUGGGAGAAUCGCAAGCGAUUGGGACCUCUUGCGAACAUGUACAAGUAUCGCAUGGAAUUCAUUCUUGAUCUCGAUCAUCAUUCCGAGAUCGACCCUUUCUCAACGAAAUAUUGGGAGCCUGAGGUAGCGCCUACUACGAGAGACCGCAAGCCUCUAACGGCAGGAGCCAGUAACGAUACAGCCGGCAGCACACCCGCCAUGGCACCACCUCCUGCUCCAGCAGAUGCUUUUGCCGCUCUGACCUCAGCUGCCACAAAGGCGGAUGCCAAGAAGGCGCUCAUGCCAGCGGAGCUUCUAGAUGACUUUAAGAAGGUGAUUCUAGAUUUCUCCGAGCUCACCAAAGUUGGAGUCAUCGAGGUGUUAAGCUCGAAGUUCCCGAAGUGCACAAAGAAUCAGGUGCGCAACUCGCUGGAAGAGGUGGCUGAGAGAGUCAACAAGGUAUGGAGGCUGAAGACAUGA